AUGGGUUCAUCGAAGAUAGCACCUACUCAGCACUCUCAUAUGCCUGGGGUGAUGCAUCUGAAGAAGACUUCACUGACCUGGAAUGUGACGGAAAAGCCUUCCAACGCGAUCAAACAAAUCAAAGAACAUGUUCUCGUCAGCGAACGUGGAAGAAAUCUGUUAAAAACACAGAAGGGAAUGCUAGUCAUCGGAGAGAUUCUGCCUAUGACAGCCAACCCAACCAAGCGCCGUGAUCUGCCCAUAGCCAUGCAAUUCCUCUCACUUCUCGUUCUCCUUGCUCCCGUGGCAUCAUCGUGCGGCGACAAUACGUACCGUUGCAAAAACCCUGACAAGUCUACCGCCGAAGAGCAGGCAGUGACUACGAAAAUCUGCAGUAGUCUGGGAAAUGGUUACUGCUAUUGCAAUCACCGGGCGGAAUGGUUUUGCGAUACAUUUGGAGAGGACAUCAACAAGUUCAAAAGAUCAUGUGAGGACCAGGGCGAGAAUUGGUAUUGGGUCGAUUGUUAA